UCAAGAGUGGGAACAUAUAGUUCUUGUAGAUUUCCAUCAGUGAGAUUUAAGUGAAAGACAGUUUGAAACUAAAAACAGUGCAAGUGAGACCUCAGUGUAAUUGACAAAAAUGGUGAACGGGACAAGAAAUAAUGUGAUGGGUAGUGCGGUUGUCAUAUUUUGGAUUUUUAUGUUAGUGCUCCAAUCCGCCAACGGAGUUCAAUACUUGGGAAAAUUUGUUGGAAAAUUGUCAGAACUGCAACACGAUGUAUCAGGAGAAGUGUAUGCUGUCGAUUCCCGAACCUUACAUAUCAAAGGGCUCACGUAUGACGGACAAGGACCGUCGGCAUUCUUCUUCGUGGGUGACACGAAAGUACCGAGCAGUGCAGGUUACAAAUUAAGAGACGAACAUGGACGACCCGACAAAUUACGAAGAUAUAACGGGGAAAGUAUCACUCUUACAUUGCCAGAAGGGAAAACACUGGGUAACAUAAAAUGGCUGUCCAUUUGGUGCGAAGAAUUCUCUGUAAGUCUACAUAAUAAAUAUCUAGUUUUGUACAGCAGACUGUGUUACUUAUUUGUUUGUUUAUUUACAGAUGCAAAAUUCUGGGCGGGCAGGGGCCCAAAACCUUCGCCUCAAGGUAUCAGAAUCCCGGAUGAGAAUGGCAAAGAAACACCCCUUAGGAAAUAUGAUAGGAAAACGGUGGUUUUGACUCUACCAGGAGAGCUAACAGUUUUUGACAUAGGCCACUUUGGUAUCUGGUGCGAACAAUUCACGGUCGAUUUUGGACAUGUUCAAAUCCCUUCGACCCUUAACAUUCCACCUUCGUUAAAAAUGCUCGGCGUCAGUCCACAGAAACGACCUCGCUUGGAUUUAAUCGCAAGCGAAGUGUCAAAAUCAAGAACCCAACUAGUGGGGGGACAAAACAUCAGACCGACAACGUUUCGACCCCCAUCACUAGUACUACCCCAGCAUCGUAGUGACGUUGCCGAAAUCUAUAAAUCCGCAUCUCCCCAACAUGGUCUGGUUCAUCGCGAUAUUUUCGGAACGGCAAGACAAAACUCGAUCAACAACAACGGAAAUCCUCAAGAAGACCAGCAACGGUACCAAGAGCAGUUGUAUCAGCAACAGCAACUGCUGAUACAACAACAAAGGCUGCAAAAUCCACAAUUUCAAAAUAAUAACCAGUUUUAUAAUCAACAGCAAUUUGUCCCACAACAACAGCAACCGCAACAACAACAAAUAAACUAUUUCCAACAACCGAAUCCUCAAGAAAUCGCAUAUAGACAAAGGUUGUUCGAACAACAAAGGUUCGCCCAAGAGCAAGCCAGUUAUAAUCAACUAUUACAAAAUAGGAGACUUCAAGAAGAGCAACUUAUAAGGGCCAUGAUCAAUAGGCAAAACCGAUUCACUAUAAAUAAUAACCCAAAUUAUAAUAACUAAGAAAGAAUCAGUUUCUUUUUAAAAUAAUUACUUAUUCGUAUCUUUAAUACCACGGUUCCUUAUCCCCAAAAUUCUUUUCGUAUUUCGUAGGUUUAUCAAAUAGAUCACAAAUUCCAAAUAUUCAAUUCGUAAAUUUUCUCAUUCUGUAGUUAUUUAAACGGGUCUGUUAUUUCAAAAUUAUCAUAAAAAUUUUUUGUAAAUAUAUAAAUAUGUCCAUUAUGUGAAGUUUAUUUAAUUAAUUGAUAACUUCUCUGGUCCAACGUGAGUUAUAAAUAUCUAAAUAAUAACUUACUGGCCGUUAGAAAAUGUACACCUGUGUGUUUUUUAUCUGUACAUUAUUAUUUAAUAAACACCUAAUUAACAAGU